AUGUGCAAGGCCAACUUGGGCUUUCACUCGACGCUUCUGAAGAAGCACCUGAGCGACUCCAACGUCAGCGACAACGACGCGCGACAAGUUCCCGAGUCAAUGGAGCGGGCCAAUACCAAGUUGUCGUCGGAUCGUGUGAUUGUGGAGAACUUUUUCGGAAGGCUCAAGACACCGCGGGGUCUGGCGUCUGACAAGUAUAUGUGGAAGAAGGAUGACAAGAUCAAGACCAAGAACCCGUCCUCCGAGGCGAAGUAUCGCGAGAACCGUAAGGCCCGGAUUCAGGCUGUGUUGGGUCGUGCAAACACUGGCUACACCAGCGAGGACUACGACAUUGGCUAUGAAGAAGGAGACGAUAUCUUCGAAUAA